CAUACGUGUUGCUGGCUGCUCUUUAGCCGAGGCCGCUUCAGGGACCCUCGAUCCCCGACCGUGCUUGCCGUCGCUCUUCCAUCACUCACGCCGUCGCUUCGGCUUUCCUUGUGAUUCCCAACCUCCAUUAUUCCUUUUCUUCUUUUUUCUUUCACUUCAUACGAUGAACUGUACUGCUCCUUAUAUCUGAGAAACUGUCCCCGAUCCUCUUUGCUCCAUAAUGAUCAGUGCCACUAAGCGCUGGUUCCGGCGCAAUCGCAAGGGCCUUGCGAUCGGAGCUGGCGUGAUCGGAGCGGGCUAUCUCGCAGGCCAGUACCUGCUGUCCAAGAUCUCAGAGGCGCGCGAGCGCAUGAGUAGUGACCGCAUUGCUCGGGAGAACUUGCGGCGACGCUUUGAACAAAACCAGACCGAUUGUACCUAUACUGUGCUAGCCCUAUUACCGACGGCGGCGGAGGAUAUCCUCGAGGCACUUCCCGUGGAAGAAUUGACCAAGGAGCUCCAGAGGAAGCGUGCAGAACGACUGGCUCGUCUUAACGCUGGGGAAGGAACAGGCUCGGAUCUAAGCUCGGUGGGCCCCAGUAUAACGGAUGAUGAUCGGCGUAGCUUGUCUAGCUUCCAAAGCGAUGGAUUUGUCCGUACGAGUCAAUUAGGGGAGUCGACCAUCGAGGGGGGCAGCUCACCACGUCCGAAGCGAAAUAAGACCCAGCUGUGGAACGAGGUCAAGAUAACCUCUAUCACUAGGUCGUUUACGCUCAUCUAUACCCUGACCUUGCUGACCAUCUUCACUCGAAUUCAACUUAACCUGCUCGGCCGACGCAACUACCUCUCCAGCGUAAUCUCUAUGGCCACACCCCCAGCGGAUGGUUCAACUAUUCGACUUGAGGAUCACGAUGAUGACGACCUCACGCAAACACUGGGUCAUGACUUUGAGACAAAUCGGAGAUACCUUGCCUUCAGUUGGUGGCUGCUUCACCGAGGCUGGAAGCAGUUGAUGGAGGAGGUGCAGGCCGCCGUGACGGAGGUGUUUGGACCUUUGAAUCCCCGGGAGGACAUCUCGCUGAGCAAGCUGUCGGAAUUGAUCCUGCAAGUCCGUGGGAAGAUAGAGGGCAAGACCGAGGAGGACAGGAAGCAUCGGAAGUGGUUAUCUUAUGUGCUCCCCUCGCGAGGAGAGGAGGACUAUCUGUUGCAGGAGUCCGGGGUUCUUGGAGUGACGGAACCCGCGACACCUCAAACGACAGCGUCGCUGCGCCAUCUCCUGGACGAAACGGCCGAUCUGAUCGACUCCCCGACUUUCAUUCGUGUUAUGUUACUCCUCAACAACGAAUGCUUCCAGACUCUUAUUGAUCAAUGCAAGGCCGAUGCGUUCAAAUCGUCCACUCAGGUGCCCACGUCUGUUCCUCAGUCCUUUGACUCGGUCGCCACGGUCGUCCCCGCGGCUGACGGCUCCGACACGAAAACGAAGCUUGCAAAUGUGUUGGCCGUCCUGGCUCGACAAGCCCAUGUGAUCGGAAAUGGAACAGCUCCCCCAAACCUGUAUCUGACUUCCAUUGAACAGGGGGUACGAGAGCUAGAGGCCUUUGCGGCUGUUAUAUACAGCUCCAACUUUGACUCUGAGCUGCUUGGGACCGAUUCAAGGACGCAGCCAUCGGGAGCAGAGGCUGGCUUUGAUGUUCCUACAUCACCUGCCCCAGAGAUGAUUGAGAAGGAGGAUGCCAACGAAGAAGAGCCUACCCCAGGAGCAUCAGUCGUAGCAGUGGAUGAUGACUCGGCGUUUGAGAAGGCAUGGGGAAAGGCUGUGGAUGAUCAACCGUCGAGCUAAUGACCGUGUGUGAUGAUCGUGUGCGGGCUUUCUAGAGAAUGUUUGGGAAUUUCGGGAAUAUCUGUGGCAUAAAUGAUCCCUCAUCUAUCCGGAGUCUCUUCUCGGCGCGGACUGGGAGAGAGAUAGUACGAUUGUAUGAUAGCUCGUGGUGGCGAGUAUUUAUUAUUUAUGACAAGCUAGCUUAUAAGGGUUAUGGG